AUGAGCGAAGAAAUACUGAACGCGACCAUCGAUGGAGUCCCCAACGCCAGGCUGCACAUACAGAACAUCCCCCCGCACCUCACGGAGGCCCACCUGAGAAACCUGUUCGGAAACGCAGGCUAUACCAUAACAGACGUGUGCUACUUUAAUAAAAACAAAAAGCAGUCCAACAAUAGUUUUGUAAACAAGAAGAUUUACAACACCGCGCUGAUUACCUUUGGCACACAUGAGGAGGCCCUGAGUGUCUUGAGGAAUAUAAAGAGCCUGGUGGAUACGAGUAACCAGGAGAAGAGCAUCGAGGCUAAGUUUGCCGUGCCCAAUGUGAAUAGCAAUUCGGGUGCCAAGAAUAAUAGUGGCGGCCAUGGCGGUGGGGGCAGCGGCGGGGGCAGCGGCGGAGGUAGUGGAGGCGGCCCACUUGGCAACAACAACUUCCAAAACAGCUUUAACAACAACGACGAUUUUGGCAGCGGCGGAAUGAACAGCUACAACUAUUUUAACAACGCGGGAAAUGCGCAGGGGAAUUUGGCCACCAGGAAUAUGAUGAAGGGGAAGAACCCCAAUAAUGGAAUGAUGAUGAUGAUGAUGAUGAACAGUGUAAACAAUACGAGUGGCAUAAACGGAGCGGUGAACCCGAACAACCUGCAUAUGAAUGGCGCCAUGUUUAAUCAGAAGAAUAACUUCAUGAUGGGCAGCCCGAACUUGGGCAACGGGAAGGGCGUGCCCGAGAUGGUGAAGGCCGAAGGGGAGUUCUCCCCCGGGGGCGGCGCCGGCAUGGGCAACAUGCACAGCGUUGGCGGGGUUAGCGGCGUUGUCGGAGUUAGCGGCGUUGGCGGGGUUAGCGGCGUUGGAGGGGUUAGCGGCGUUGGCGGGGUUAGCGGCGUUGGAGGGGUUAGCGGCGUUGGCGGGGUGAGCGGCGUUGGAGGGGUUAGCGGCGUUGGAGGGGUUAGCGGCGUUGGAGGGGUUAGCGCCAUGAACGGGCUGCAGGGCACACACGGAGAGGGCGGCGGAGGCAGCCCAGGCAUGUUCAGGCAAAUGCAAAGCAACAACAACGGAAGCGGCUUCCAGUCGAGCGACCUCGCAAUGGAGGAGUGCAACGAAAAUAUCGAGGGGCUAAGUCUAUGGGAAAUAUACAAAGAUAAAAACAACAACACUUUUUAUUUUAAUAACUUGACCAAGCAUAGCCAGUGGAACAAACCCAUUCACCCAAAUAAGUUAUUUCAUUUUAAUAACAACGAAAAAACAAAGUUGAAUGGUCCCAAUGGAAGUAACUUAUUCAUUUUCCACAUACCAAGUGAAUGGACUGACCUAGACUUGUUUCAGCACUUCUGUUGCUUCGGAAAUAUAAUUUCUUCUAAAAUCCAGAGGGACAACACGGGGAGGAACUCUGGGUUUGGCUUCGUGAGCUACGACAACAUCUUGAGUGCGCAGCACGCCAUUCAGUUUAUGAACGGCUACUUUGUGAACAACAAGUAUUUGAAGGUGCAGCUGAAGAAGGGCGAGGCGGCGGAGAAGGCCUAG